AUCAAGGAAGAAAUUCCACGCUAACCAAAUUUUUGUGCUUAGCAGCUCUAUGAAAUUGGGCCCAGAGCACAAGAUACAAGUUCAAAAGUCAUCAAAAGUUUCCAAACUACUGUAAAAAAAAACCUGUGACCCUUCUUUUUGUCCGUGUCUUUUGAAUAUUAAACAUUUUGAACUGUAUGCUUUGGAAGUUUAUUUACUGUACCCUAUAAACAGACACAAUAUGGAUUGAUGAAAUAAUAAAUUUAGCAUCCCUAAAUCCCAAACCAACAUGGCAGGUCAAUUGGAGGUAAACAAACUAUGCUGACUGAUAUUUUUACCAUUAGUGCUUAGACCUUAGAGUUACCUACGCAUUCCACCUUUCAAUGACGCCACAAACAGCUCAGUUCACAUAAAUCCCAGCUAAAAAGACCAAAGAAUACCAAAGAAAGCUUUUGUGCCGAAAAUUCCGCUCGGAGCCUUUUGAACGUGGGGACUCGAGCGUGGUAUUACUGGGGCUGUGAAAAGAAUUAGAGCGGUUUAGGGUUGAGUUAUCAACAUGGCGGACAAGAGUUUACCCAGUUCUGAAAAACGAGAGCGGAUUCUACAAGCUCUAACGCAAGCUAGCGAGUUGGAGAGCAAGGGACACCAGCCACAUGAAGGGGGGCAUGCAUCGGACAAUCAAGGUAUUAAAAGAAAGGCGAAAUUAACUCUAGAUGAAGGUAAUAAGGAGUCAAAAACGAAGCUGCAAAAGUUUCAGGAUUGUAUCCAAAUCGAUGUGAGUGUCCUUGAGAACAAGUUGGUGUACUUUCUGUUCAAUGUUGCGGCAGCCGGGGUGUUGCCGUUUCUCUCGGUGUAUGCCCUGCAGUUAGGACUCCCCUUGUGGCAUGUUUCUCUCAUCAUUGGUGCUGGACUGUUGGCGGGGGCGAUCGUCACACCCAUGGUGGGGUUCGUCGCAGACAAAACCCGACUCCAUCGUGGGUUUUUCGUCGCUAGCGUCUGCAUGUGGAUGGCGUUCACACUGUUGGCUGUCUACUGGCCCACGCCAGCCCGAGUUGACUGCGAUGUGGCCAGGGUUCAACUACUGGAGGUGAUGUCAGAAGAGUGCAGGGAAGCCCCGCCUAAGCGAAUCAACGCAUAUUUUGAGCAGAUGGCCCGCUUCCCUAUUGGUAUUCAAACAACACCACAACCGUGCACCAUUGAUAUAAGACAGAUUUGCCCAGUUCCUGUAUCCUCACCCAACGCCACAUCAACCCCACUAUCGGUCACACAAGAGGUGACUGCAAGAGCCUCAAACCUCACAGAGCGUUACAAGGUACCCAUGAGGGACACCCACCUCGGCUGGCUGUACAACCAGACUGGGCUGCAGCGAGCCUCUAUUGCUGUGUUUGUUUUUGCGGCAGCAGGCAGUGUGAGUCAGAUGUCGACAAUGUCCAUGACUGACACAGCAACUUUGGUUUCCCUGGGCGAGGCGAGGAAAGACUACUAUGGAUGGCAAAGAUCAUUCGGUACAAUGGGUUAUGCCAUAUCAUCUUUGUUCGUUGGUGUCGCUCUUCAUGAGUCUCGGAGUUCUCAGUAUCUCUGCGGGUUGGAAUGGACUCAGACUGACUACCUUAUUGGAGCUGUGGUCUUUGUUGGAUUCCUUACCAUCAGCUUAGCAGUGUCGGGAUACGUCAGGUUCAAGCACAGUGACAUGUCUUCUGAGCAUUCUCUAAGCACCGUUGCCGAAGCCAUUUUGACCGUGAAUUACGGCUCGGUGUUCGUCACUGCAUUCGUUCUGUCCUUAUGCAAUGGCGCCUUCAACACUCUUCUAAUGUGGCAUCUUCACAGUAUGGGUGCAACUGUGACUCUCAUGGGUGCCGGGAUAGCAAUGCAUGCACUGAGUGACGUCAUCACAUCUUUUUGUACGGUGUUUAUCAUUAAGAAGUCUGGGUACCACCUACCACUAGCCGCUGGCCUCACCGGGUAUUGCCUGACGUUCUUCUGUUUUGCCAUUAUGGCCAGACCCGGAUGGCUUGUGGUUGUUGAAAUCAUCCACGGUUUCUCCUUUGCCAUCACGUUGAACACACUGACUUCCUUCCUGUCGUCGUCGGUGGCGCUCGUCAGUCUGGCCACAACACAGGGUCUCCUGUGUGGUGUAUACUGGGGUCUGGGCCCCGCCGUAGGAACUGCUUUGUUUGGUUAUCUUGCUGACGUCAUUGGACUGACGUUGUCGUUUUACGCCCUCUCCAUGGUGUGCUUGGUAUACGUUCUUAUCUUCUUAAUUUGGAAUCGGAACGACCUGCCAUUCAUCGACAAAUACUUCCCUGGACACUACCAACCGGUAUCUUCUGGCCACAUGGGAUAAAAUAUUAAUAAGGAGCUACCUCUUUUUUUCAGGGACAUUGUAAAUAAUAUGAUUAUUCACAUGAAUUUGUUAACUUACAAACUAUACCUCCAGUUGGAAGAACUUGCAAUUUUAAUAGAAACAAUUAUGUGUCCACAAACCCUCGCAUUGGUGAAAACAGUGUAUAUGGUGCCAGACUAGUCUGCCCAUUUUAGUUGUGCUGCAUUUGGACCGAAAAUGGCGUCCAGAAAAAACGUUACUGAAGAGAAAUGCUUUUCUUUGUCGCAACUCUCUGAAUGCACAGUUUUGUCACAACUACCUGCUGUUUUAUUAAAACCCUCGUAUGGUUAAAAAAAAAAUCGUACACUAGAUAAACUUUUGGUUUGUGACAUAAUGGGUAAAGGUCAAUUAACAAACUUACAAGAGCAUGGGGAACAGCGCCACCAAGAGACAAAGGAUACUCAGGUGGGGGAAGGGAACAUUAACCCAUUUUAUGUAAUCUUUACAGCUAGGGUCUAUAUACACAAAGGAAUUAACUCCCUAAAUACGCUUAACACACCUGUGAAACGUUUACUCACUAACUUACAAUCGGUGAAAAUGCAAAUAAUUUCAGUAAUCGUGAAAAUAUUUUUGGAAAUUGUUUCAGUUUCAUUUUAAUUUGUAUUUAUCAAUGUAUACAAUUUUUUUUUUAAAUUGGAGCGGAAUUCUUGAUCAUGUUUCUUGUCGUUAUGGGGGUUAGUUGCCAAGUUGUACACUGUAUGAAAA